ACGCUGGCUGUCAAGUGUCAAUGAACGCCAGAUUUCGGCGAUACGGCACGAUGCAAUCGGGCUUUUAAUAUUAAUAAAAUCUCAAUUAAAACAUGCAUUACUCCAUUAGUGCGUGCUCGUAACUAGCAAAACCUUUUCAAUAACCGAAUUACUUUCAAGUAUUCACUUCAUAUAGCUACGGCUUAGGUUAGAAUAGUUCAAUUCUCGUACACGUAUGCAGUGUCUCGGUUUUUGUAUAUUUCGGUGUUGAAAAUAUGACGUAAAGUGGGAUUUCCCUAUUCCAAGAUAAAGUUUCCAAGAUGCUGCCGCUGACCCAGAAGGACACCAGGUUCCCGCGCGGGCGUAUCGCCGGGCUCCGCGACAAGUUGACGAAUUGGUUCAGACUAAUUUACUCUGAUAAGAAUUCCAGGAAUUUGUUCCUAUUCCUUUUACUGAACUUGUCGUUCGCCUUCGUCGAGCUGUUCUAUGGUGUUUGGACAAAUAGUUUAGGUCUAAUAUCAGAUGCAUUCCACAUGUUCUUCGACUGCACGGGCCUGGUGGCGGGCCUGGCAGCCUCCUUGAUAUCAAAAUGGCGGUCCAACGAGCGCUACUCGUACGGAUACGCGCGGGCCGAGGUGGUCGCUGGCUUCGUGAACGGCCUGUUUCUGCUGUUUAUAGCGUUCUUUAUUAUGAGCGAGGCGGUGGAGAGGGCUAUUGAGCCUCCAGAGGUCAAACACGAACGGCUCCUACUCGUCUCAAUCCUGGGCUUCCUAGUCAACAUGGUGGGCAUAUACGCCUUCCACCACGGCCAUGCGCACGGCCACGGAGGCCAUGGGCAUUCCCACGGCGGCCACGGCCACUCGCACAAUGGACAUAGCCAUGACGAGGAGGUCAACACUGGAGCUGGGAGCGCCAUCAUGAGAGGAGUCUUCCUACAUGUGCUAGCUGACACUCUAGGCUCAGUUGGGGUUAUCAUAUCAGCUAUCCUAAUGAGGAUGUUCGGCUGGAUGAGAGCAGAUCCUAUAUGCUCCAUGGCCAUAGCCUUACUCAUCGCUGGAAGUGUUAUACCUUUAGUGCGGGACUCAGCCGGUGUUUUAAUGCAACGGACACCUACAGCUUUAGAGCGCGCGUUACCAAAUUUGUACACAAGAGUGGUAGGGCUUGCUGGGGUCCAUGGGGUGCAGGAGCCUCAUUUCUGGACUCUGUGCAGUGAUGUGCAUGUUGGGGCCCUCAAGUUAGAAGUGGCAAAGGAAGUGGAUCCGCGGUAUGUGACGGAGCAGACCGCUAGGAUUUUUAGAGAGGCUGGUGUUAAGCAUUUGACGGUGCAAUUGGACUAUUCCCCGCUCUGAUCGUAAAUUAAUAUUGACUUUAGGCAUCGUUGGCGUUCAAGGUUGUCCAUGGACCUCAACAAAGGUUACAUUUUGGCUCAAAGCCGAAUUGAUUUUUUUUGGCGCUAAAUGGUGCAGUUGUUUACUAGUCGCUUCCGGACUACUCUAUUUUUAUUAUAUUUUUUGUCUCGAAAAUAAUAAUUGCGAAUAUUACAAUAACACACCUACAAAAUAAAAAAAACUGGUAAUAACAGAAUAGAGGUCCACGGGUAUAAAAAUAGUAUGAAAAAUCCUAGGUUUAUACAGUUUUGUAAGUACAGUACUCUAUGUAUACAGGUGCGGUUAGAAAAAAUAUUAUUCCGAUGAGGAUUUAUUUAAUAUUGUGAUAAGAGAAUAGUUGUAUUGGAUUUGAGGUGUAAAUUCAUUUCACAUUUACAUGUGACAAUCUGUAAAAAGGUAUUCAAUUUGCUCGUUUUGACUGCUACGAAUGUGUAAAGUUAGGUACUUUUAAGUAGGUAGGUUAACCUAUUAACAUUGUACAUCCAAUUUCAUUCGCUUUCAUCACCAUCUUCCCAAUAUUCCACUUCCUUCUUUGCCACCAACUCGUCACAAAUAAGCUAAUAAAAAGAGGUUAAAAGGGUUAGAUUUAUACCUUUUAUAAAUUGUCAUUUGUAGUAUAUUAAUAAAUUUGUAUAAAAUAUUUCAUAAUCAUCUGCCAAAUACAAAUGUAGCUGAAUUACAUUUAUAUUCUGCUCCCGCUGGUCCGGUUAGUAUUGAAAGUAAAUGAUCGUAUUCGUUAUUUAUCACUCGAAAUUCAUACCUCUUCAGACAUUUUACUAGAGUUUUGAUAGCACUUGCAGUGCAAGUGUUAUUUAUACGUUAUAAUUUCAAAGUUUGACGUUUAAAAUAACACUUGCAAGUGCUGCGAGUGCUCUCACGUUGCAGACUUAUCUCGGUCUGACUUUAUGUUUGUAAUAUUUUAUCUAAACGAUCAUCUUCGGUAAAUACCUACUGACUGUUCCAUAAACUCUACUGUAACUUAAAGUCGUAAAUAUGUAUAUUGAACUAAGGUGAAUGUAAAAGUGUAUGUUUGUGGCUUUGAUAUUUAUUUAUUAUGCAUUAUGAUUGUUUUGAAACUGCAUUUACAACCAAAAUUACUUGUUUAAAAUUAUUUAGUAUAAAAUGUACGCUGUCAACCUGUAGUAACCAUCAUAGUUGCGCCUGUAUCGUCUGUCGCGUCGUGCAUCACACUCGCACUUAUGUACUAGAUAGUGACGACCACGAUGACUGACGACCUGACGAUAUAAUCGCAACCAACGUAGACUUUUGUCGUUUAACUUUUUAAACAAUAAAAGCCGGUUGCACGGUCACUCAAGAGUGAAGUAUGAAACAUAUGAAACUUCCCAUACAAUCAAAUUUUGCAAACGCUUUAACGGGGUCGGGCGGUUUGGUGCAAUCGACCUUGACUCUAUCGUACCGCUACCGAAAGUACCAAUCAAUAAGUGCAAUAAUAUGUACCCCUAUGUCUAUGUGUAAGGUUCAAUUUAGAAACUUUUUAAGAAAUUAUAAUUUUUGUAUGUCGUUCAAAAGGUUAAUUAUUGGCACGCAAGCCAUAAAAGUACCUAUAUAAGUUUCUGAUGCACAAAAUUGUAUUUAAGUACAUCGUCCCUUUGUUUGUUGCAUUUGUUGGUAAUGCAGCAUAACAAUUAUAUAAAAAAACACAUGCCCAAAUAUUACAGACACUUCACUCACGUUAAAUAUAUUGUUUCAUUUAUA